AGAAAAAUAAUAUUACAAAAAAAACUGUAAUUCUUCGUUCCCUUAAUUGUAAGCAAUCUCCGGGGUUUGGGGAUUCAAGAAGUCACGUGUUGUACUGUAACCAGACCAGAAUGUAUUCGGAGUAUUCGGAGUGUUUUCUAUGGAAAACAGGGAGGUUUUUGUGGCUAUAUGAGUCAUUUCUAACAACCACUUCAGCCUCAAAAAAGGUGCAGCUCAGGUGUGUCCUUCAUCCCCUCGCCAGUCUUUAUCUACACUCAAUAGCUCGUAAAGUCGAGAAAGCCGUGGGUCUUUACGAACAGGGAAGCGGUAGUGUGGAAGGUGAAUAGAAGGAGAAAACUCGUUACAGAAGUUAAUCUGACUCACUGAACCAGACAUGGCUGAGAAUAUGGACGCAAAAAUAGUGAUAAUAGGCUGCGGGAUAGCUGGGAUCGCAGCGGCUCACAGGCUGGUUAAAUCUGGGUUCACUAAUGUCCGGAUACUUGAAGCGACUGGAAGAAGCGGAGGACGAAUUAAAACUGGCAGACUGGGUAAUACCAUGAUAGAAAUUGGUGCAGCUUUUAUCCACGGUCCGUCUGAAGAGAACCCAGUGUUUUGUUUGGCCCGUGACUAUAACCUCCUGGAUCCUAAAUCCCUCACGCCAGAGAACCAAGCCGUGGAUGUAGGUGAAGAUCCUCCUCUGGUUCCCAACUGGUUUACCAGUUCAGGUAAGAAGGUGAAUCCUGAAGACAUGGAUCCUGCUAUAGAGUUGUUUCAUGUACUCAUGGAAAAUACUCCACAGUCUAAAAGUCACAAACAACGAUCCUGGCCGAGUAUUGGAGAUUUUGUGAGAUCUGAGUUUCGAAGGCGAACAGCAAAGAAGUGGAAAAAUAAAGAUAAGCACACCAGGCAGGUGCUGCUGGGUGCCAUCAAUGCUAUGCUGAAGGAGGAAUGUUGUUCAAGUGCUACUCACACAAUGGAGGACUUAGAUCUGGUUGGAUUUUCUAUGUACCAGAGUAUAAAAGGAGUGGACUGCACAUUCCCAAGUGGUGCUGAGGGCUUAGUCAGCAACUUGAUGUCAGAGCUCCCCGCCGACUUGGUGUCGUACAGUCGGCCUGUUCGCUGCGUUCACUGGAGCUACAGCGAGAGUGAAGUGAAUGCUGUGACGGUGGAGUGUGAGGAUGGGGAAAAGAUUAAUGCUGAUCAUGUCAUUGUCACCGUGUCUCUAGGAUACCUGAAGAAACAUCACUCAACUCUGUUCUCACCUCCUCUUCCUGCCCAGAAGCUGAAGUCCAUUCAGACAAUAGGAUUUGGAACAUGUGACAAAAUCCAUGUUGAGUUUGAAUCCCGCUGGUGGGAUCCUGACUGUGAGAUCAUUUAUCUGGUGUGGGAUGAUGAGGAGGAUAUAUCAGACCAUGUGUCCGAUAUAAGCAAAAACUGGGUUAGGAAGAUCUCAUCAUUUAAUGUGGUGGAAUCCUCUGAAAGGGGAAGCCAUGUUCUCUGCGGUUGGAUAGCUGGACAUGAGGCGGAGCACAUGGAAACACUCCCUGAGGAGGAAGUUAGGCGUUCGAUCACAGAGCUCGUCCAUAGAUUCACAGGAGACCUUACCAUCACACCUAUGAGAAUCGAGUGUACCCGGUGGUUUCAUGAUCCCUGGACGUUGGGGUCCUACUGCCACCCAGCAAUCGGUUGCUCAGCGCAGAAUUUUAAGAACAUGAUGGAGCCCUUGCCAACGAGAGGAAAGGAGCAGCCCCUGCAGGUGAUGUUUGCUGGAGAGGCCACUCAUCUGUGCUACUACUCAACCCUGCAUGGAGCACUUCUCUCUGGCUGGAGAGAAGCUGACAGACUCAUCUCUCACUACUCUUAAACCAGUCCCCUCCAUCCAGACCAGAAAAGUUAAAAAUUAAACCCUCCUUAGCAGAAAAUUAUAAUUGCUGUCUUACUAAUCAGGUGACACCAGCUAUGGAACAUCUUUAUCAUUGAACAAAGAAUCUGUAAACUGUUUCUCAGAACACAUUAAACUCCUGAGUUGUCAUAAA